CUAGCAACUACAGUUGGCAACACUGCUAAUUUGGCGACCAUAUUGUUGAUCGUCUGAUUGUUAUUCCCAUCAAUUUUUCCAAAUUCCAUCCAAAGUAUUUUGCGUUGCAAAACACAUUGGUCGUAUCGUUUUUUGAUCUUAUCCAACGUAAUUGUGUAUUUUUCUUUUACUUACAAUAAUGGAUUCCCUUGUGGGGUACGGAAGCGACGAUGAAAAUGAUCAUGAGCGAUAUGGAAGCCAUCAGGCAUCGACUGAUAUUGUAGGUGAGCGGAGGGAGCAGACAUCGCCGGGAUGACGACACCAACUAUGAUGAGGUCAACAUGGACUUGAGUGAGGAGUCUCAGGCGGAGUCGGAGCCCGAGCUGCCGCCGGCGGAGCCCGCGCCGAGGGCCCGCGACGACCGACGCGACGGUAAACAGUGUCGUCCGGGAGACAGCAGGGAGCCGCAGCGGCGCCGACGCGAGUCUCCGCGGCCGGGACGCCCGGACAGACGACACGACAAUUAUAAUAGAAAUGAAAGGAAAGACGACCGGCGUCACGAAGGCAGACGCGGGCUGCUGGGCGACCGACCUGAUGACAGACCAACUGAGAAUAAGCAGAUGCCCGCGCUGAUGGAGCUGAAGCCGUACGGCGCGGAGCCCCCCGGCGCGGAGGUCCGGCGCUCGCACGACGCUAGAGACGCUGUGUCUCCGAGGUUCUCGGAUCGCGGUGAGCGGCGCGACAGAGAUAGAGAGAGGGAACGGGACAGAGACAGCAGGCACAGUCGACGAUCUGAAGAAAGAAACCCGCCCCGCCGCACGCGCCGCUCGCGCUCACGCGGCGCCGCUGUCGUCCCGCCCCCGCCCCCGCCACCGCCGCACACCAACACGUCUGGAGACAGACGAGGUUCCCCGUCGGGCGACUACAGGCCCUCCUCGUACAAAGUCAACAAAAAACUCGAAGUUAUGGAGAAAAUGGGGCUGCAGAUCAAGACGCCGGGCGGCGCGAUGACGACCGCGCGGCAGCUGCGCGCCGCCGCCGGCGUCGCGCCCGCCGCCCUCGUCGGCUGCAACAAGAUCAUGGACCAGGUGCAGAAACGCAAAUUGUUGUGGUCCAACAAGAACAAGUCGGAAGCUAAGGAGGCAGCCAAGUGGUCCGGCACCAGAUUCGCUCAGGACAACGACGGGAAACAGGUCUCCAAGUUCAUGCGUCUCAUGGGCAUCAAGGACCAAGCGGCGGUGAAAGAGCCACCCCCAGACAUGACAGCGGACCCGAUAAAGAAGCAAGAGGAGCUGUUCCAAGCGAUGCAGGCGCAGUAUGAAGUGGCCCGGGCCACCACUCACACCAUGAGAGGAGUCGGCCUCGGCUUCCAGCGGGGACAGUUCUGAAACAGUGCAGUGUCCGAUCAGUUCAGGCUUAGUGAUUUGAUAUUGAUAGACUGUGAAGUUUAAGAAUGUUUUGAUAAGUUCAUCUGUCUUUCAUGGACGCUUGAUGAGACACAAACAAGUUUAAUUGUUAUUACUGCUGUAGCUGUCGUGCGUCCGGGAGCGUGUUAAAGAGCGACUUCAGUGCUCCGUUGCGUCGCUGCAGAGCGUUGCUCCGUCGUAAGGUUUUUUAAGUCAAUAUGUGAUGUUAAUAAGUGAUUCAUAUCAACCUGAGUUAAUCAAAGAAUAAACAAUUUUGAAUUUGAAAAACCAAAAAUUACUACGUGCUUAUUUCGAGCGCUUUGUCCUUUUUGGCUGGCAACACUUGGUUUAUCAAUCUGGACCUUUCUUUUGUACUGCAAGGGCAAUUUUGUACUCUUUAUAGACUACUAUUUAUACUGUGUUGAUCUGUAGACGAAACGCUUCGCGACGGAGAAGUGAGGCUGUGAUCUUACUUGUGAAACCUGGAACUGUCCCAUGUUAUGGUGAAAAAGUGAUGUAAUAUUUUUGUAGCCACAUUUUGAUGGCCUCUCGUAGAUUGAUACUAGAUUAAAGUUAAAAAGUAUUUAUUAUUAUUUCUUUUAAAACUUCUGGUAAUUAUUUUUAACGGACUGUCAAGGAAGCGUAUUGUUUUUUCAUUAGCAUAGCCAUUGUUUUUGUCAUAUCAUCGUACAUAGAUACCUAUUUUUUGUAACAAAUUAUAUAUUUAAUUAUAUAUGCAACGUGCGCGUCCCAAGCCUUAGACAGUACACAGUACGUAGACACUAAAGCAGUACUGCACAGGCCUGGGACCUUGGUUUAAAAUUAAAAUUAACGUUAAAUAAAAGCCUUGCUGUAUGUCAUGUAAUGUAUAGUAGAUAAUGAAAUUACAUAACUUUAAGCAAUUAAUUCAAAUAAAUGAUAGAGCAAUGAACCCUAUAUGAAUUUAAUUAUCAAAUUGUAUAUAGUAAUUUCAUUUUUUUUUUUUUUUUGGGACUCCCCAAGUAUUAAAAAUACCUAGUGGUAUUUUUUCGUGCUUUGCGCCAUUUUUACUGUCAAAUAACUUGACGGUUAGCUUAGUGUUGCUAUAUUCAUAAAUGAAUAACGUUAAUUUAGAUAACGUUACGUAAAUAUUAAUUGAAUAAAAAUAUAAAAACUGUUAAAAUGCAGUUUGUGUUUAUGUUAAACAUUUUAACAUGGUUUUUGAUGUAUCGUAAGAAUUUUCUCGCUUUGGCAUCACAUUAGAAGAGGUUUUACAGAAGGAUUCUAAUGAGGAUUAUUUUUAUAGUGCGCUGAUGUUACUGUGUAAUUUAGUGUGAAAAGGUGCCUCUGUGUCUGCGUACCCUCACUAAAAGCUGUGUGAUAUAAUUAGGAAUAAAUUGGACUGUAAAAAUAAUAAUUUAUGUGUAGAUGGUAAUUCUUACGAGCGUUUUUACAUCGAUUUUCUUGUGGAAGGCUUAGUUUCUAAAGUUACCUCAUUAAUAAAUGACUCAUUAAUAUUAAUCUUUUUAUAGCCGGGUAAUUUGUUCUUGUCUUUAUAAAAAAAUUAAAAAUGUAAUGGCGGCCGCGGCUAUCAAAGCGCUCGUAAGAACGACCCAGAUAAUUAUGUACCUCCUUCCAAAACAGUGGUAAUGGUUUUCUAGAUACCUUCAUAGUUGAUCUAACUUUUCUGUUUUCUACCACAUUAUUACAGACGGCAGCUGUUAUUAUUUUUAUUGUAAAAGUUUUAUGAAAGUUUACGAAAUAAACAUUAUAGUAUAAGAUA